AGACCCUGCCACUUUAAAAAAAAGAAAAAAAAAGUUCAAAGUUCACGUUGUACGCGGUGACGUCAGCACAUGGCGACGCAUUGUGCGCACGGGAAGCCCUGCAGAAUGAUGGCAGAUAACGAUGGCAGCUUAGCAGCUGAUGUAUCUUCAAAUGAGAAGAGGCCUGAAGAUCUCCAGAACUGCAGUAGUAAUGCUCUCAGCCCUGACGUCAAAGCUGAAGGUGACCCAGAGGGACCUUCUGACCCUGACAAGUACCGCUACAUCAAAGAAGACCUCUUCACCUCUGAGAUCUACAAAGUGGAGAUCCGCAACCUCCCCAAGUUCAUAGGUUUCAACGACCUGAAGAAGUUUCUCGCCAAACAUAGCAUUAACCCGCAUAAAAUCAAGCUGAUCGGCAAGCACACCUUUGCUUUUGUCACUUUUAAAAACGAAGAGGAGCGGGACAAGGCGCACAAAUUGGUGCAUGGCAUGCAGUGGAAGGGCCAGGUGCUCAGUGUCCGCUUGGCCAAACCUAAAGAAGACCCCAUCCUCAAGAAGAGGAAGCAGGAGGUAGGAGAGGGCGGGGCUGGACAGCCGGCCUCCAAACGAGCAGAGGGCGAUGAAGAGGAGCUGCCGCUCAGUGUUCAGAUAGCCAACGUUGUGACUCCUCUGUGGAACUCUACCUAUGAAGAGCAGCUGAAGAUGAAAGAGCAGGAGGUGGUGGGAGUUCUGCAGAAGUUAGCCAAAGAAAUUGGGAGCACCAACAAAGCCAUGCUGCCGUGGCUGUUUGCACAAAAAGUGAAACAUAACAAAAUGUGUUGUCCUCUGGAGGCUAUCCGACCAUCCCCCACACAGACGGAAUACAGGAACAAGUGUGAGUUCCUAAUCUCCGUGGGUGCAGACGGUGAAGAUAAGACCAUCGGGUUCCGCUUGGGGAAAUAUAAAGGGGGCUCCUGUGCUGUUGUGGGGCCAUCUGCUACUUGCCACGUUUCGGCUGCAGCCAAGACGGUCGUCCGAGAGUUUCAGAAGUUCAUCAGGACAACGCCCUACUCUGCGUACAGCCCUGAGACUUAUGAGGGACACUGGAAGCAGCUGACUGUCCGUACCACGAGGGCCAAAGAAGCCAUGGCAGUUGUCUUCUUCAACCCACAGAAACUGGAAGAGGAGGAUCUGAAUGCUCUGAAGACCUCUAUGAGGACAUUCUUCACCGAAGGAGACGGGAAGGACAGUGGAGUGACCUCUCUUUACUUUGUUAGAGACGGCCAAAGGAAAUCCCCCAAUCCAGAGGACCUGCCGUGUGAGCUGGUGGCUGGAGAGAGCUGCAUUCAUGAGGAGCUGCUUGGUCUUCGCUUCAGAAUAUCCCCUCAUUCCUUCUUCCAGGUGAACACAGCUGCUGCUGAGGUGUUGUACUCCACAGUUGGGGAUUGGGCCCAGCUGGAUCAGGACAGCACAGUUCUGGAUGUGUGCUGUGGGACAGGAACCAUCGGCAUCUCCCUCGCUAAAAGAGUGAAAAAGGUCAUUGGGAUUGAGCUCUGCCAGGAAGCAGUAGAGGACGCCAAAGUUAAUGCCAAGCUCAACGGUUUAAGCAAUGUGGAAUUCCACUGUGGGAAAGCAGAGGAUGUGUUCCCAGAUAUCCUCAACGCUCUGGUCUCUCCCAGCCUCACUGCUGUUGUGGAUCCACCAAGAGCUGGCCUGCAUCCCAAAGUGAUUCUCGCCAUCAGAAGGGCGGAGCAUCUGAAGAGGCUCGUUUAUGUGGCGUGCAAUGCAAAGGCAGCCAUGACCAACUUCAUAGAUCUGUGCAGAGCUCCGUCCAACAGGGUCCAUGGAUCCCCUUUCCGUCCUGUCAGAGCCAUGGCGGUGGAUCUGUUCCCUCAGACGAUACAUGUGGAAAUGCUGCUUCUGUUCGAGAGAGUGGACUACAAAUCCCAGGAGCAGACGUGACGAGUUAAAACUACAAAAUAUUUUCAUUGUGUUUCAGUUUACUCAAAUGGAUCAUUUAGUUUCAUGCAAAAAUAAAGCUUAAAAUAAGA